AGUAUGCAUAGUGGACAGUUCUGCCAGAUUGGGCCAGAUUUACCUUCCAGCCCGCUGCAGUAAUGGUUGUCAGAUUGGGCGGGAUAUCUGGCCCAAUCUGGCAACGGUGGCAGUAGACGCUGUAGUCGGAAUUUUAAUAGCAAAACCAGCCCAGGGGUGUGUAGUGUGUAGCUGUCCUUCUGAAAUGGCUACUACCGCGUCGGAAGUAACGCAAGUACAGCGCGAAAAGGGGGAUGAGACGAACCGAAAGCACGGAGGAGAGAGCCGGGGAGAAGACAUGACCGGGGACCGAGCGGAAUCGAAAAUGGAGCAACCGGGUGACAAUGUUGAACCUAAAAUGGAAGAUGCAGACGCUGGACGAACAGGCGAGAAACCUGCUGCAGCACCGGAGGAGGCCGUGGCCCGGGCUCGGCUGACAGAUGAUGCUGCAGCCGCCGCACACGAUGAGGAGAAAGCCGAGGGUCCGGAGAAGUCGACCCCUGGAGACGGCGGGGGGUCUCCUCCGAGCGACAAGCAAACGGUGGAACCAAGUCAAAUCAAGGAAGAGCAAAGGGAGGUCAGCCAGGCUCCAGAGACGAUGAAGAGCGAGAUUGGUAAAGCGGCGUGUGAGGAUGGCGAUAAGAACAGCGGCGGUGGAGGAGGAGGAGGAGGAGGAGGAGGAGGCGGGGAGCUGAGUGACAAGAGGCGGACCAGCGUGGAGAUUUCGUCCUCGGACGGGGAGCCCCUGAGCCGGAUGGAUUCUGAAGACAGUAUCAGCAGCACCCUGAUGGAGAUGGAGAGCACGGUGUCAAGCGGCCGCUCCACCCCCGCGAUGAUGAACGGCCAGGGCAGCGCCGGGAUUUCAACGGUGUCCAAGGCGGCCUAUCCGUGCUGCUGGGACCUGUGCUCCGAGUGCUUCAACUCAAGCCCGGACCUGGCCGAACAUAUCCGAUGCCUUCAUGUGGACGCGCAGCAAGGAGGGGUGUUUGUGUGUCUUUGGAAGGGGUGUAAGGUGUACAACACUCCCUCCACCAGUCAGAGCUGGCUCCACAGACACAUGCUGACCCACAGCGGGGACAAGCCCUUCAAGUGUGUGGUGGGGGGCUGCACGGCCAGCUUCUCGUCCCAGGGGGGGCUGGCGCGCCACGUGCCCAGCCACUUCAGCCAGCAGAGCGCCGCUCGGCUGGCCAGCCAGGCUCGGCUGAAGGAGGAGUCGCCCUCCAAGGCCAGCCUGAACCGCAGGAAGAAGCUCAAGAACAAACGCCGGCGCGCCCUACUCUGUCAAUCUGUCCCUCCAGCGAGGCCGUACGACUUCUUCGACGCCCAGUCGAUGGACGCCAUCCGCCACCGCGCCAUCUGCCUCAACCUCGCCACGCACAUCGAGAGCGUGGGCAACGGCCACAGCGUGGUCUUCCACAGCACGGUUCUGGCCAGGAGAAAGGAAGGUUCUGGAAAGGUGAAAGUCCUACUGCACUGGACACCUGAGGACAUACUCCCAGACACGUGGGUCAAUGAGACAGAGCGGUCCCAGCUGAAGACCAAGGUGGUGCACCUGUCCCAGCUCCCCGCGGACACCGCCAUGCUGCUGGACCCCAACCUCUACAGAGGCCUGCCCCAGAAGCGACUCAAACAAAGCCUGUGAGGCAUCUCUUCUCUCGAGGACUAUGGACGUCAGAGAAUCAGGUCCUUUUCGUGUUUUGCUGAGUGCAAGGUUAAGGACGAACAGACGUUUCCUUGAUGGCCAUCUUCUACACUCUUGUGUUUGUUAAUACUUUGUACACGUUUUACUGUGGUUUGAGACGGAACAUUUGAUUUGAAGGUUGUGAUUUUAGCUGAUAAAAUACUAUAAAGCUUCAUACAGUUCACUGUAAUAUAUAUAUAUAUAUAUAUAUAAAUAUAUAUAUAUAUAUACACACAAUAUAUGCUAUACUAAUAUUAGUAUAAUAUUACAUUUUGUGUCAUAAUAUAAAAUCAUCCGCAGAUCAUGGUUACAUGUAAAUAUUUCUGCAGAUUUUACUUAUUUUUUUACCAUGAAAUUGUCGUCCAUCGUUGACUUUGUAACUUAUGUGAUCAUCUCUCAAGCUUCGUAAUUUACCUGCCAAGUAUUAUUUAUGGUCAUUCUGACGCAGAAGUGAAGUUGUGUUGACAUUGUCGUCGGGGGAUACACUACCGAUGAGCCCAGAACCGGUCCGAUCCGGUGUUAGCCGUACUGUAGAUGGACGGGAGCCGGUCUUUAAUAACCAAGUGUCUUACAUCACCUGUGGUGCUCACACGGGACACGGCACGUGGACAGGACAUUUCCAGCAACCGUGGGACAAUUGGACAUUUGACCUUUGACCUUACCACCGUGUCGGUGAACACCUCUCCGUCCAACUGCCGUGAGGGUGCACUGGUCACCAUGACGAUGUGAACAACCCCCCCCCCCCCUCCCAUGUUUCAAUCUACAGUGCUGGUGAACACUGUUAAAAUAUGUGUGGUUUUGUACUGUAAGUUGCCCCUCUGAUGGAAGGGGGGGUUUCCUCUCUUUUUGUUAUAAAAUGACAAAGUAUGAUGUUUUGUUUUGAGUUAAUGUUAUUUCAGAGGUCUUCAGACCUUGCGUUAACUGUGACCGGCUAGGUUCUUUAGCUUACCUACCUAGCUCGCUUACCUUAGCCUUAUCAUCUGCUAAAGGAUCAGUAGUGGGGGGGUCCAUGCUAAGGAAGAGCUAAAUAGCAUAGCAUCGUUAGCCCUACCCUAACCAUUAGCAACUCACGCACACAAUGUACAAACUCACACAAACAAACCCACAACGGGCUCCAUGGGUUAAUGAAAGCUUUGAGGUGUCUCCAACUGUUUGUGUUUCACUCACACACUUCACCCUCUUAGAAUCCUUGCCCGUCAAAACAAGCCGCCGUGUUCUCGAUCCCGCAACAUUGCCUCAAAUCUAGAAACGGUAUGGUAGGACUACGACGUGUGCUACUAUCCGAACUUCACAGGGUCCCUAUCCAUGUGAAUUGCUUUAAAGGUCCAAACGGCGCCUUUUCACAACGCCUUCUGAAAUGAAGUGUAUUUGCCUUGCUGUUUGUAUACCUCAUUGUUAAAACGUCAUCUUCUAAUGCAUGCUCCCUGUGUAAAAUGGCAGCGGCGUCUCGAUGUCUUUGGGAUUCUGCGUCGCCGGACUUUGAUGUGCUGCUUCUCGCGCUGUGUUUCUUUGAAGUCUCCCCUUUUGCGUAGAGUACCAUCUGUCCAUCGAGUCCCCGAGAGACUCGUUUUCUCUUUCCUAUUCCGCUGGAUGUUGUAAAUGAAAGCCGGGGCUACGGUGGAACGGGAGCCAUGUCCAGACCGUGACCUCAGCCGCGGUGACAUCAUUUAAAGCAAAACAAGAAGUGUUGAAUAGAGAGUGUGCAGAAUCACAUUGAGGUCACUACACACACUAGCAGAAUCAGCCCUGGGCGUGUGUCCUCGGACUGUCCCUCCAUCGGGCCAGCGUGGAAUCACUAACCUGACAAUUAAUCAACUAAUAGUUAAUACCGCUUCAAACAGGAGUUAUUGUGGGGGCGGGUCUGACCGUGAACCGGGUUAACCAGACCUGUAUCCCCAUGGUUUUUCUUUUACUUGCAAACCUGUGCUAAGUGUCGCUGCCUUUGUUUCAAACCUACUGUCCUGUACGGCUUCACUGUCCAUGAAGGCACAGACGGCAAUAAAAAAAGAUAUGAAUGAAAGUAUGGUUGGUUGUGCCCUUACCUCGAAUUGAAUCUCCUGUGACUUUGUAUUGCUGAGGCAUCAGAGCAUCCACCUCCCCUCCGGCGGUCAGUGUGUCUCCUCGCUCCGUUCCCCAUUCUGCCUCGAUGCUUCCGACCGGUUUUGUUCUCUCCUCCUCGCUCUCCGGCUCCCUCAGUAGCCCCCCCCCCGCUCUGCUCUCUAUGGUGUUCUUGCUCUCAUGUCUGAGCCGCUCAUUCCUCCACUCCUUUGGCCGGUUCCCCCACUACUGUCUCCCUGAGCCAUGGAGGCGUCGAGGCAGGCAGACACAAUAGCCUGAUGCUCCAGCUCCUUAACUUCAAUUGACUUUUUCAUGAGUUUCUUCCAAGAGUUUCUUUACAUCCCCCUCAGGCCUCUCAGGCCACAGAAAAGCCAGGUAUUAUGCAUACCAUAUACUCGCACCAAACAGGGGGAAGCUGCUUUCAGCUACCAUGCAGUCCAGAUUUGGAACAAACUCCCUGAUCACGUUAGGAAUGCUCCAACCAUUGCCAAUUUUAAAACCCAAUUGAAGACCACCCUCUUCUCCAUGGCAUUUUCCUGUUUUUAAUUAAUUUUAUGCAUUAUUUUUAACCCCCUUUUUAUCUUGUAUUACUACUAUUGCGAUAUGCUUUCAACUUGUACUAUUACUGUGAUAUGUUUUAUACGUGUGAUAUGUUUCUUACUUGUGUACUUCUAUUUGAGGUAAUGCCUUAGCUGUGUAAAGCACAUUGUGUCUACCUGGAGUAUGAAAUGCGCUAUAUAAAUAAAUUGCCUUGCCUUGCCUUGCC